GUGGCCGGCGCCAUCAGAGUCUCAGAGCAGAGCGCAGAGCUCGCGUACCGGUGUGCUGUGCUAGGCGCAUGCGCUCGCAGCGCGCGCCGAAAAGAACGAGCGUGUUUCAGAGCGAGAGUGUGUGAGAGAUAGAGAGAAAGAGAGUGCGUGUGUCGUUGGAGUGACUUCGUGUGCGUGUGGUUGCAAGUGACUUUGUGCGAGUGGUUGUUUUGUUGGUGUUUUUGUGCGAGUGAGACAUCGAGCAAGUGCCACCAACCACCACCAUCAUGGCCCUCACCAUCGGCGGACUGGAGAGCAUGGCGUUGCUGCCGGCCCUGGGCGCCGUCGUGCUGCUGCCCUCGGCCGCCGCCACGGCCCUCCGCAUCCACCAAGAGGACGACCCCAGAGAAGGGACAGAGCGGUCGGUCGACGCCCUGCUCCUGCGAGUCAUCGACACCUCGGACCUGGACCUCGGCGCCGAGCUGGACCUAGACCUGUCCUCCAUCACGUCCAUGAGGAACCUGCCCACCGAGCUGAGGACGGGCGGCCAGUCCACCGACUCGCCCUACGACAACAGUGAAGGGCCCACGCACACCGGGCUGGACACGUGGUCCGUGGUCUGGUACUGCGGGAUGUUCGCCGCCUUCACGUCGCUGUUCCUCAUCAUGCCGUGCUCCCAGGUGCUGUGCCGCGCCGGCCUGCUGCACGGCCACAGCGACCCCCGCCUGCGGCCGCGCGCGCCCCUCGGCGCUUUCCAGGCCGCGGCGCAGGGCUACGCCACGCCGCCGCCGCCCUACAAGCAGUUCGCGCCGCCCUCGUACGAGGACGUCAUCCUGGACCUCGGCUGGGCGACGCCGGGCAAGGCGGUCGCCGUGUCGCCGCUCGCCCUCCCGCCCGCGCUGCUCCCGCCCAUGCAGCGGCUGCCCGAGAAGGAGAAGGAGGGCAUGGAGGCCGGGCUCGACGUGUACGUGAUCCCGCUGCGGUCCGAGCCCUCCUCGCCGUCCACGCAGGCGGCCGCGUGAACCAGCGACGCAGCUGGAGGGGGCACCCCCUCCCGGGGCUCAAGACCUAGAGGAGUUGUGUUCAGUGAGCUGCAAACUCAAGAGUUGGCCGAGGUCACCUCGGCGCAGCUGGCGUUGAAAAAGGAGCACGGAGGACCGCCGCCUUAGAGAGGAGGCGUUGCGGGAGAGGUCAUUGCUGCAGCAGCCCUUCAGGAGAGCCCGCGGCCAGUGACCUCCACCUUCUGUUGUAGUCGAGAAGGAAAGGAUAAACCGACAUUCAUGCCAAGAGGAGUCUACCCGUGUGGGCUCGCGCGGGUGCUGUCCUGGGGUGUGGGUGGCGUGGCACUCGUCAUGGGCGCCCACUUACAACCCUCCCGACACAAUUUUACGGAGAGCAAAAUGAGUCUGUGGAAGGGGUAGUGAUAGUUUAAUUACAAUGGGUCUAGUCAUAGAAAGCGGUGGUUCAGGUGUUUUGUGCGGACCUCAGUGUAAAUAACCUUGCGCUGACGAAAAGAAAUGAUCUGGGCGGCAAUUUUAAACUGACGAAUCGUUGUCGCAUCCGGACAAUGUGUACACGUAUUCCUCUUUAAAAUUCCAUUGUUUGUACUCGUAAUGCAAAUCGACUCUCGAUCGGAAUAACGUAAAAUUACCUUCAUAAGACUGACCUGAUAUUUUUGUAUUUUAGCCUGGGUAUAGUAAAUUAAUUUAUCUUAGCUUUGAAUGUGUCGAAUUGUUGUAAGCCAAGUUAACGUCGAGGUGGACUGGAGAAUUGGGAUAUGUACUGGUGAGAAGUGCUCCAGCCAAUUGGAAUCAAUGGCUUUGGAACUCAGAUCCACACAUACAGUCCCAACUUUGCUCGUCAAGAAGUAUCUUUCCACUCAAGAGUAUUUGUACUAAUUUGUCGUCUCUAACUCAGCAUUGUUGGUUUUAAGAUUAGAUAUAGAGUGUCUUGUACCUGCCAUAUUUUUUAAGAAACUUUCGUGUUUAUGUGUAAGUUGCAUUUUCUGUGCCAUUUCUCUGGUGCGUAUUUUUGUAAAUACUUCAUAAUUUAGCCAAAGAUUCUUCCCAUCGCGGUACUAAUGCGCCGGAUGGGAAAGCUCACCCUCAAUUUUUUUCACACACCAAAGUGUAAAAAAUAGCAUUAAAAUAGUGAUCAAAUUGCAGACAAAA